AUGUUACGUGAACGAAACACAUUUGUGCUAAAGGCUCGUAGCGAUGUGGGUGCUCUUCAACAUGCAUUAACGCUACAGGUAAGUAUAAGAAGUCAAGAUUUGACUCAUUUUCAUGGCGAUAACGACAGCGAUGUAACUGGGAGGAAAACAAUGCAGCGGCUACUAGAGAUGCUGGAUGGUGAUGAAGCCUUUCAACUGUUGGUACGUGAAAUGAACGAUUUGCGCCAGCUGGACCAGCUUGUGAAGACCAAGUCAAAGGAAUGCGUGCACACAUUACAAUCUCCAGAGAUAACGGUGCAGUGGCAGGUGGUCGAAGAACCAGGUCUCCCCAGCGUCCUGCUACGCGCACACGGCAAUAAUUGCAGCGACCAUCCGAAAAGUAGUCAUUUACCUGAUACGAUCACGAAAACUGGAAAGUAUCGCCCUCUUCCCGUGCGUAAGCUGGUCGUGGCAGUUUGGAUAUAUCCGCCGCACGUUGAGCUUCCCCCCACAGGUGAUCGAAUUCCAGUAGUCAACGACGCGAUCAAACAGGAUUUUUUUGAAACAGAUGCUGACGAUGAUGGGAAAUAG